AAAUUACAACCAGGAAAAUGUGGUGUACAUUUUUACGGCAACUUUUAAUUAUUAUGACCUACCAACAAAAAAAGAGAUAAUGUUAAUUGCUUUUUCUUAAACGUAUGUUAAUUGUUAGAUAAAUUAACGACACGUUUGAAGUGGGUCAACUAUUAGAACAGUUUAGUUUAUUCAGCGGUGCUAUUCUUCUCUUAGAAUGGCAUUUAAUCUUAAUAAAUAAUUUUUAUUUAUAAAUUAAGAUGAAAUGUUUUUCAUUAAAAAGUCGUAUUAUGUUAAAACAUUGAAUGCGGUAAGAUAAAUUGAAGAAAGUAUAUCUUUUAUCUGUACCUACAAAGUUUAACGAGUUAAUAAAAAACAAUGUACACAUUUUUAUCGUCUUAAUACUUAUCUUCAUAUGGUGGGGUAAUCUAGAACAGUGAUUAAGAGGACUCAGGUGUUGUGUCAGAAGAUGAUGUUCUUUGUACGAAUUCACGAUGUCUGAAGACAAACUUAGUACUAUUUAUUACACUGAGGAACGUCCGCGUGGUGCAUGCAUCGGUGAUUUUGUUCUUUUGAAAAAUGUGUUGUCGAAAAAGAACAAACCGAUUUGGGUUCCCGUACAAUUAUUGGAUGCUUUAUUACGAGGCUAUGGGCAAGUCGUGUUUGCUAAUAAUCCACUAAGUGGAUUAUUAAUAGUAAUCGCUUUAGGAGCAACGGCACCAAAGAUCUUGGCCUUUUCUGCUGCUACUGGUUUUCUAGGUCUUUUACUUUCCAUGUUGAUGAAAGAUUAUCAAGAAGUUAUUGAAAAUGGAUUGACGGUGUUCAAUCCACUUUUAGUCGGUGCAUUGUCAGCCAGUUUGGUACCAAAUUUAUACGGCGAAUUCGAUGCUUUUAGUUAUUUGCUUAUAUUAAUAGGAACAAUAACGAGUGUUUAUCUGACUCGUUCUUUGCAAAACAAUGAGAUUCCGUUUACAACUACGUCUUUUAAUUUGGUGGAAAUAUUAUUACUUUUUAUUCUAACAAUGCAAGAUAAUUUAGUCGAAUCGUCAAACAUUCAAACAAUGGACAAUGCAACAAGUGAUGGAAGGACAAACGAUGCCAGUUUUAUCGCGGCAAAUGUAACAGACGUUAACGUCGACUGGGGAAUGUUUCAACAUGUAUUCCGAGGUAUGGUCGUCUCAUCAUCCCAAGUAUUCGGCGUUGACAAUAUUGCAGCAGGAGCUGUUAUUUAUUUGGCAGUUUUAGUUUAUUCUCCAGCAACUGCUGGAUUUUCUUUCGUGGGUGUAUUUAUUGGCACACUAGCAGGCUUAGAAUUUAGGGUACCACACAAUGAGGUAUUCACGGGAUUGUGGGGAUUCAACAGUUUCUUGACUGGUGCCGCCUUAGGGGGUAAUUUAUUCGUACUUAAUUUACAAACUGCUGUUGCAACCCUCGUAGCUAUCGUUUACACUGUAAUACUUCAAUACGUCUUACGAAUUCUAUUAGGAAAGAUCGGUUUACCAGUUUUAACAUUACCCUUUGCAAUCAGCACGGUUUUGUUCGUAAAAUUGCGUAGUUCUUCGUCGGAUUCGAUAUUUCCUAAACCACUGCAGUAUUCUUAUCCGGAAAAACAACGGCAAGAUUAUAUAGCGAGUAAAAAAAAUAUCAAACGAGAUAGCGUAGGUAUAAUUAGAUUUAUUUUCCUACUGAAAUAUCGAAUAGACACGAGAUUUUAUUUGCAAUAUUUCUUUUUUACUUGUCUUUUUUAUAUACCUCGUUUUUUUUCAUUAUCUCGACGAUUGAAUCAUCAAGAUAAACAGAUAUAAUCGUAUAGGAUCUGUUAAUAAUACUCAAACUUGAUAAAUACGUAAAUAAUAAUAAGAAGAAGAUCAGAGUAUUAUCAAAAUCAAUCUUAUUUGAGUGAUAAUAGCACGAACAUCGAUUAUGAUAUCUGUGUAGCCAUGUUUUGAAAUAUUUCCAGUCUUCCUUUCAAUUCGCAGUGUAUCUUCGGAGUCAUAGCAACGCGUAUAUCUAAUCGCUAAAGUUAAAACAAGCAUCGAGGAAUACAUCUUCAUCCUAUCUCUAUUUAUUUUUCAUACAUCAAACAUUACUUCUCUUGGGAUAAGUAAACACACGCAUUUGUACACGCAUACACACACUUGCAAACAUACAGACGAUCAGACUGAAGCUUUUAGUUAGAGAUCUCUAUGUAUCAUCAUCGUCAUCAUCAUCAUCAUCAUCAUUAUUAUCAUUAUCAUCAUAAUCAUCAUCAUCAUCAUCAUCAACGUGGCACCAUCCCCCGAAGACGGAAUGAAAACCACGCCCUUACGGAGCUGGUAGCUCCGAACAAAUUGAUUUUACCCUUAGCAAAGUUAUUCACCUUAUUUCGUAGGAGGAGUUUCAGGGAGAGUUAAAGUUUCCCUUUUGAUACCGGGUGAAAAAAGGAUAGUCGAUUUAGGUUGGAUGUUAGGCGUCGAAGUUUAAGCUUAACUCAUACAAAAAAGAUGGCUGAAACGAAGUAUAUUCAAAAGAUCAACUUCUGCCCUUUUCGGUUGAAAAAAAUCGACCGGAAUUUAACGAGUUCUUUUUUGUUAUUUUAAUCUAGGUCGAGGAUUCCGAGAUGGACCCUGCGCUUCCUUAGAAACAGAAGAUCAUAUAAAUUGUUUCUUGGAAUUUAAUAAAAUAUGUUAUGUUAGGUAAUAUUGUGCAGUAUUCGUAUUUUGUAUUGAAAAAAAAAAAAAGAAAAGAAAUAGUAUGAAAGGAACAUCGAUAUUAAGUCUA